GUGUAAGAUAAAACGUGAAAAAUAAAAUUGCAAGAAUUAAGGAUCUCCUAAAACCCCAUUUCCCUUUCAUCUUGGGCACUGCGUUCUGACCGACCCUGCCUCAACCCCUAGGCUGCUCCACCAUAGCCCACCGUCUACCGCCGUGCACCGUGCACCGUGCACCGUUCACCGUGCGCCGUCCACCGUGCACCGUCCACCGUGCACCGUCCACAGUCCACCAACUGGCCAAGAAUACCAAUGGCUUACCGGCGUUGCCUUUUGAUGAGAGGGAACCUUGUAGAUCGGAGGUGCCAUCCAUCAUUCAGUUAUGUUCUUCAUAGCGAUGAAGGGAGACAGGAAAAGUCUGAGGAAAAAUCAUCUUCAGCAGGCGUUAGUAAGUUUGCCCAGAUAAGGUCCUUUGCAAGCUCUCUUAAGGGACCAUUGGGGUUCUCCCCCCUUUCCCGAGAUAGAUUUAUUUCUCCAUGCACUGGAUAUGGCUUCUGCCGGUAUAUGUCGACAGUGAAUCAGGGUUCAGAUAAGAUUGACAGUGUCAUACUCACUGAUGUAGCUGAUGUACUCACUGACACUACCAUAGACACUAUAGCUUCUCAGGCUGCCAUUACUAAUGAGGUUGCAAUUGCUGCCGCCGAUUCUUUUUUGCCUGUAAUGGGCUUGCAGUACGUGAUAGAUGCUGUGCAUUCCUACACUGGCUUAAAUUGGUGGGCAUCAAUAGUUCUUACAACCCUGUUGAUUCGAAGUGCUACAGUUCCACUCUUAAUAAAUCAACUUAAGGCCACUUCUAAACUUUCGUUAAUGAGGCCGCACUUGGAGGAGAUAAAGCAGCAGAUGGACGGGAUGGCUAUGGAUCCUGUAGCUGCUGCUAAAGGUCAGCAGCAAAUGAAGAAGCUGUUUAAGGAAUAUGGUGUGACCCCUUUUACGCCAUUGAAAGGACUCUUUAUUCAAGGCCCUAUUUUUGUUAGUUUUUUUCUUGCGAUAACAAAUAUGGCUGAAAAAGUGCCGUCAUUCAAGCAUGGUGGAGCUUAUUGGUUUACUGAUCUCUCAACUCCAGAUCCCUUGUACGUUUUUCCAGUUUUGGCUGCAUUGUCAUUCUUAAUAACGGUAGAGUGUAAUAUGCAGGAAGGCAUGGAAGGAAAUCCUGUGGCUGGUACCAUGAAAAAGUUCUCCAGAGGUCUUGCGGUUCUUACGGUUCCUUUCACCAUGGGAUUUCCAAAGGCAAUAUUCUGUUACUGGGUUACGUCAAAUUUGUUUUCACUUGUAUAUGGACUUGUGCUUAAAGUUCCUGGUGUAAAGAAAACAUUGGGUAUUCCUGAAAUACCUGUUACUGUCCCCACCAGUGCUCCUCAAUCGCCCUUUUCUAUAUUUCCCGCUCUAAAACAACCUACCUCUACGACAAAUGAGUCAAGCCCAGCAGUACCUGAUAAACCUUCAAAACAUUCAAAUACAAAGAUAUCAUCUUCUUCUGUUAUUAGUCAAAGGCUUAGAAGUUUAGAGAAACAAGUGAAAGGAAGAAAGAAAAAUAAGUGAGUAAAAUUUACUGUUUCUAGAUUAGGCUAUCGAAAUACGGAGCAAUUGUGCUCAGAUUUUUGUUAUAUUUUAUUAUCCUGGGAAGAGGAGGAAAUUAGUUCAAACAUUGAGUGCUGAUAAUUUUGCACAGGGAUUUGCCCAUCGUGUAGCCUACGCACGGGUUUCUAAAUUAUCGUGUAAACAUUGAUUGCUAAUAAUUUAUGUAUUUGACAAUUGGUACAA